CAAUCGCACUUUUAGUUCGCAAGUGAUUAUUUGAAAUUGUGUACCAAUGUAGUAAGUGUUCAAACGCGACUUAGAACGGAUUGAAAAUGAAAAUUUUGUGGCAAGAAUUGAAGAAAAUUUUCAGGCAGUUGCGAGGAUCGGAAAACAUAUUCGGUUACAAGAGUACAGUGGCCAAUCAGCUUUACUUACUGUAUUGUUUCGCGGGUCACAUUUAUUUUACAGAUAAGGUUCAUAAACGAGUGAAAUAUUUUUGGUACGGUAUCGUGUCAUGUCAAUUGCUAUAUUCGUCUGUGAUCGGUUUGGAGUACUUGUGGUUGGAAAAAAAAAUUGAUCUGAUGUUGAAAUUGCACGUUGUGAAUUUCGUGGGCAUGAUCAACUCGACAGCAGUAUUUUAUCCUAUCAUCAUGUACCUCUGCAGAGAUCGAAUCGAAGCAUUGAUUCAGCACGUUGAUAAUAUUUUAUUGCUCGACUUGGGAUCAGGUCUCAAGCAGAAAAAAAUGAUCGCAGAUGCGAAAAAAUAUUUCGCGCUGUAUCUGAUACCCUCUGUAAUAUGUGUCUUGGUGUAUUCAUUGGCGAGCAUUCCGAAUAUUGUACUGUUUUUUGAAGAGGAAAAAAUAAGCAAUGGUCUUUUCUAUGCGUAUCCUCCGCCAUUGGUUCAAAAAUACACCAGCAUGUGGUUGUAUUUAAUCGCGACCGGUAUUAUAUUCAUCGUGUAUGCACUUACGAUGGCACAAGGGUGGUCGGCUUUAGGCUUCAUUUUGUAUUGGAAUCUCAUAUGUUGUGCUCAGUUGACCAGUACAAAGGAUUAUUUGCACGCUGGAACCUGUGAUUUGAAUGCUUAUACUGAUGAACAAGUGAAAUUCUCGGAUGAUUGGAAUGGAAUAUUCGAUUGCAUGUUGGAACACAGCAUUAAAGAAUUUCAACACGCUACUCGCAUGAUUAAUUACGUCAGAGAGUUAUUCGAAGGUAUUGGAACCAUACUUGUUACAAAUGGGUUUUGGGUUGGCAUGAUUUCACUCUACACUUGUUUCUCAGAUGAGUUGUUACCGAUGGCGAAAUUUAGAUUUUUGAUAGAUUAUACGGCCACUGUCAUAGUGGUAUUUUUAUUCUACUGGAGCGCGCAAAAUUUAAACAAUUCGGUAGGUUAA